AUGCUAACUGCAUUGUCUGCAGCCGUGAAGUCCACUAAUCGGUGGAAAAAAGGUCCAUUCAACGCGCAGCUGAAGGAUAUCUUCUAUACAAGCAAGCACGAGUGGUACACAAGAACUAGGGAAGAACGUCUCCGAAUUGUAAAUCUUGGCAAACUGUCAUAUGCUAAGGGCUUAGAAGAGCAGAAGAAGUUUGUUGAAAUUGUCAAGCAAGCAAAGCUCCAAAAUGAUGUGUUAAAUUUUCUCUUAGCCGUAGAGCAUACUCCUGUUUAUACUGUAGGUAUACGCUCAAAACUGUACACAGAAGAAGAGGAGUUGAAACUCAAAACGCUCGGCGCUGACUUCUAUAGGACUUCUCGUGGCGGACUGAUCACAUUUCAUGGUCCCGGGCAGCUUGUGAUAUAUCCUAUAUUUAACUUGAAGCACAUUGCUCCUCGCCCAGUAGGUGUGAAGAAGUACGUGGAAAUGUUGGAACAGGUCGUGAUUGAUUGCGCAAGUAAAGACUUCAACAUAUCAAACGUGGGGCGAACCCAGCACACAGGAGUAUGGGUUGGACAAACAAAAAAACUUGCGGCCUUAGGGAUAGCUGUUUCUCAUGGAGUCUCUUAUCACGGUCUAGCUAUGAAUUGCAACACAGAUCUGUCUUGGUUUGAUCAUGUGGUUGCUUGUGGAAUAGAAGGAGCAGAAGCUACAUCGCUAAGUCGCGAAUGUGAACGUGAUGUAACAAUCUCUGAAGCUCUACCCAAGAUGGUUGCACAGUUUGCAAGGAUAUUUGAUUGCAACGUAGAAUCAUAG